AUGGCAUACAGUACUAGUGCAUACUACACCAAGAAACGGGCCAGGUCAUCGCUGGCAACUGCAUUGGAGGAAGAGCGUCUGGAAUGGGUCGACGAGUCUCAAGAACGGCGUCACGAAUCCGGCCCGUCGUCUAACCGGAGGAACACAACCCAGGCGGCCCCAGUGCGGAGCCUACUAGAUAUCGCUCCAUCCCCAGGCGUGGCCCAUCCACGCCAUGGCUCCAUCGCCGGUAUUGGUGUGGGUGUGACUUCUCCCUCUAACAAUCGAUACAGCUGGCAGGGUCCUGUCUCUUCAUCUUCCAGUUCUAUCCCACCUCUGCGUACGGCUACGCCACCAGCAACAGCAACGGCUUCGUCAUCUGUAUCCUUGAAAACAUUUCCUGGUGAUUUAUACGGCCCGCCGCCUGCCCGCAGGUCGUCGGACAACUCGGAUCACAUUUCCAUUGGGAAGAAAAGACUCGUAGACCAAAAUAGAGCUGAUGAGAAGCUAUCGGGCGACAUGGCGUUCGGCGCUGUCUUACCGCGGCGUACCAUCCAAAUCCAGUUGCCGGAAAAGCCACCGAGAGAGCAUAGAGAGUCGAACAAUAAUAAGCCGACGCAGAGCAAGAGCGCCAUGGCUGCGAUGAUGUCAGGACUCGACCUGAAAGUCGGCCUCCCGAGCUUCGCCAGGGGCAGAGCGCCCGGGCGGCAAAGUUCGACGCGGGGGACCUCACUCGACUCCCGGUUAGCCCCGCGAAAAGGGCGCUCCGGAUCGCCCAAGAAUCGCUGGCUCAGCACCAAUCCGCCGAAUCUUUCGUCGUCGAAACCUGGAAAGUCCCCCGUGCCGGACAAAGGUAAAUCAUCCGCCAUGAAUAACGCCCACACCAACCUCUCCGACCCCGACCUGCACAAGUCGGUCGGCAGUAGUACCGGUGGCGUAACCUCCCCUGUCGUGCCCGCUGAAUCUCCCGAUGCUGAAGAAAAGCCGGUUGCGCCCACUGGCGACGAGCGCCUGGCCAAAGAUUUAUAUGACAGCGAGAACAACCCCAUGGAGAGCAGUGAAGACGAGCCCGAUGAGCCCUCCUCCUCCUCCUCCUCCUCCAGUGAUGAUGAUGGCGAUGCGGAGCCCGAGCGUGGCCGAAAGAAGCCUGCCAAUGUCACGCCCUCAAUGUUGAGCGGUCCAUUAGCUGUCCUUCAGCAGCUGGACGGAGCUGCUGGUGAGCGUAUGUCGGAUGAAUACGAUGAUUCGAUUGACCACAAAGUGAAAUCAAAAUCCCUCGCUGCGGGACAUUCUGCGAAACAUGGCCCACCUACUCUUGAUGUGCAACCGCGUGCGAGCCUUGAGGCUGGCUCCGCCCUCACUACCCCAUUUGGCUCGGAUGACGAGGCGGAAUUGUCCGACAUCAAACGCGCCCAGAAGCUCAGUAUCCAAAUGUCCUCCAUUGACAAUUCUGUCCACAACAGAUCGAUCAGGACCAUUAUUCGUGGCGACUACCCCCAUCUGCAGGAGGGCCGUCGUCGACAGCGCCGAUAUCUCGUCGCCACCGACCUCAGCGAAGAAUCCGUCUAUGCCCUGGAGUGGACGAUUGGGACCAUCCUGCGCGAUGGUGACACCAUGUUUGCUGUCUGUGCAGUCAAUGAGGAGAUGGGGAUGCCUGCUGCACCGUCGGUACAGAUCGGAGAGGGCGCCCAAGCAAUGCAGGACGCUGCCGCCGUAGUUGGGUCCCAAACAGAAGAAACGGUCCACAAAUCGCAAAACGAAACUGCGGGCAGUAAUAUCUCACGCGCCUUCCUGAGCCGUCUGGGUGGAACGGACAGCAGGCCCGGCUCCGUUGAUGCGCGUGGCGUCUCUAGAGCUGAAGUGGAGAGAAAUCGGGCUGUAGAAGUGAUCUCGCAGACUUGUGUUCGUCUGCUGAGAAAGACGCUGCUGCAGGUCCGCGUCGCCGUCGAGGUGAUCCACUGCAAAAGCCCGAAACACAUGAUUACAGAAGCUAUUGACGGUCUUGAACCAACCCUCGUUAUUGUGGGAGCCAGAGGGCGAAGCGCGUUGAAAGGUGUACUCCUCGGGUCUUUCUCCAACUAUCUUGUCAUGAGCUCAUCUGUCCCCGUCAUGGUCGCACGAAAGAAGCUUCGAAAGACCACCAAGAAGAAGGCGAAUGUGCGCCUCUCCAACAACCUUGCAACACCCAAGAAGCUUGCACUGGCCAAGAUUGACUAG